AUGUCCACUUGGUCAUUGGUCUUCUUUCUUUUAUCAUUGCUCUCGCUAUCAACUUGUGACGCCCAAAAAGAAGUCACGAUUGCUGAACUCAGGCUCGCGUUUAAGCAGAACCGAAUCAGCUCAAGGCAGUUAGUUGAGUUCUACCUUAGGGAAAUUAAAAAACUCAACCCGAUUCUUAAGGGGGUCCUUGAAGUGAACCCAGAUGCAUUAUAUGAGGCCGAUAGAGCUGAUAGUGAGCGGGCAGCUAAGGUACCUCGGUCCAUGGUUGGUUUGCACGGUAUCCCUGUCCUUCUCAAGGACACUAUUGGCACAAAAAACAAACUGAACACGACGGCUGGGUCAUUUGCAUUACUUGGGUCCAUUGUGGCUCGAGAGGCUGGGAUUGUUUUAAGAUUGCGUAAAGCCGGAGCUAUAAUACUAGGCAAGGCUAGCUUGAGUGAGUGGUCUAAUUUUCGGUCUCUAAGUGCGCCUAGUGGUUUUAGUCCACGUGGCGGACAAGGAAAGAAUCCUUACGUUCUCUCAGCAACUCCUUGUGGCUCGAGUAGUGGACCAGCAAUAUCCGUCGCAGCAAACAUGGUGACGGUAUCAAUUGGGACUGAGACGGAUGGCUCUAUCCUAUGUCCGGCUAGCUUUAAUUCAGUUGUUGGCAUUAAACCUACAGUCGGUCUCACAAGCCGAGCUGGAGUCAUACCAAUUUCUCCAUCAUUAGACACCAUUGGGCCGAUAUGUAGGACGGUCUCAGAUGCAGUUUACGUUCUUGAAGCGAUUGUUGGAUUUGACUCCAACGAUCGUGAUGCUACUACAAAGGCCGCACGAUACAUCCCUUAUGGUGGUUACACCCAAUUCCUAAAAGCGGGUGGGCUCAAGGGGAAGAGAAUUGGUAUCGUUAGAAACCCAUUUUUCGUGUUCUCUAACGGAUCAAACCUACCUCAAGUUUUCGAAAACCAUUUGAAAACACUAAGGUAUCAAGGGGUAAUCUUGAUAGAUAAUUUGGAGAUAGCUAAUCUCGACACCAUAUUAAACGUGACUGCAAGCGGUGAAGCUGUGGCCACGAUAGCUGAAUUCAAGAUAGCGAUAAACGCUUACUUGAAAUCACUCAUAACUUCUCCAGUUCGCUCUUUAGCAGAGAUCAUAGCAUUUAAUCAAAAGUUUGGAGAUUUGGAAAACAUUGACAAAUUCGGACAAGAAAUAUUUUUGGCAGCCGAAGCAACAAAUGGGAUUAGAGAGUUGGAAAAGGCAGCAUUCGCGAACAUGGCUAGGUUGACAAGAGAAGGAUAUGAGAAGAUAAUGGAAGAGAACGGUCUCGAUGCAGUGGUGAGUCCCGGUGCCAGUAUUUCUCCUGUGUUGGCUAUCGGUGGUUUUCCAGCGAUUAGUGUUCCGGCUGCUUAUGACAAUAAGGGUGUGCCUGUUGGUAUUUGUUUCAGUGGUUUAAAAGGUUAUGAACCUAGAUUGAUUGAAAUUAGCUAUGCAUUUGAACAAGCUACAAAUGUAAGAAAGGUUCCUACGUUUUUACCUUAA